AUGACAAACUUCAAUCAUGAGAGACUGAUGAUAUAUAUUGGUGUGACCAGACAGGCACGAGUUGCUUUGUCCUCGGCUUUCAAAUACGUAACGCAGAGGAAAGCCUUCAAAAAAACCCUGAUUGAACAGCCAGUAGUACGCAAUCGACUUGCGAGAUGUGCGAGAAAGCUAGAGGCCCAUUCGGCAUGGUUGGAUCAGCUAAUAUUUCAGCGUGACCAUUUGUCGAAGAGUGAUGCAGAUCGCGAGCUCGGCGGACUGACUGCACUCGCAAAAGCGAGGUCUGGAACGAUACUCGACGAUUGUGCGAGAUGCGUUGUUUUGUUAUUUGGUGGCAAUGGAAUUACUGUUUCUGGCCAAGGGGAGUUGGUGGAGAAGCUCUCCAGGGAGGCACCAUGCGCUCGAAUUCCGGGUGGCAGUGAAGAUGUCAUGCUGGACUUGGCUAUACGGCAGAUCCACAAGAACUUUGAGCAUCGGAAACGCAUCCAAGGGCAAAAUCCAAAACUGUGA